UUAAUAACACGUGCCGUCUACGGUACAUGAAUGUGUUGUUACAUUGUCUCCUCGGCGGAGUUAACCAUCCAUUAUCGACCUUUAGAAAGGUUGCUUUGACCAAAGUCCAUCAUGUCUCAAUUAGGAUGUGUUUGUUUACUGGUGCUACAUGUGGCGCUUUCCUCAGCCAUUACAGUGAACUUGGAUGCUGUGCCGAAUUCCGGAGGGCAGGAUGUAUGUAACGGGGUCAUCAGCCUUUCCAAAGACAACUCGUCCAAAGUUAUAGCCACCGAACGUGUUUCCCACGGUUACUGUGACGUCACGUACCGAACACUCUCAGACGCCAAGAACCAUUGCAACCGUCUGUGCUUCACACCUAAAAGUGAUUCAUGCGAAAAGCAUAUUGACCUUACCAUCGUCGUAUUUUCUCUGGAGAACAAAAAUAAUGCGAAGAUUUACGGAUGUCAGGACUUUCCGGGAAAGAAAUGGUGCAUGACCACCACGUCGAUGAAGGUCGCUGUCUUGGAACAUACGAGAAGCGUCGCCACGAAGCCCGCCGACCAGAUUUACAAGUUUGAGGCCGACGUGAAGCCAGAGUGUACUGAGAUCAAAGACAUUUUCUCUAAGGACUGGAUUACCUCUAACGAGACAAAGCGGUACAGGGCUAAGGUGGAGGGAAUAGUUGUCGGCUGCUGCCUUGCACUCAUCUUCCUUGUCGUACUCUGUGUCAUGUUCUUUUACUACAAAUCCAAACCCAACCAGAACCCUCUAGACGACAAUACCGUCAAGGUCAAAGUAAACGCUUUCACUGGUAUCCGAGAGACCUUUAAGGUGGGAAAAAGGAAACGGAAACCAUCCAAACGAAAUUCCAGACCACCGUCCCGACAGCCAUCUAUCAUGUCACACCGUUCGGGAAUUUCCGCUAGCUACGAAGCUGCCCGUAGAAUGUCGGAGCCACGAACCGAACUGACGCCACCGGAAAUGAUGCUUGUACCAAAUGGAACCGAAGUAACCGAUUCCACGUCCACACUUCCGGUGGAAUCGGAAACGAAACCACUGUGUGCCGACAUCCCAUAAAUCACUUCCUGGUGUGGAAAUAUGUUAAAUAAAACGUUCGGGUCCAUUCUAUAAUCCAGUUCAUAAGGCUGGACACAUCAUACAAAAAUGUUUGAUGUAUCGAUUUAAAGGGAUAUUCUGCAUAAGUUCGGAUUUCAUGGGAUGCUUUUGAAGAAAACUGUACCAAAUCAUCUACUUAUGUUCUUAUAGAAAUCGUACACUUCAAUUUACCAUUUAUACAAACAUAUAAUGUUUAUUUUGCGAAAUUCUUUAUAGAUCUAGCUAAAAACCCAAGCAGAAAUUUAAGUGAAUAGUAUGCACACCUGUGUAUCUACCCCAAUACUCUGCAAAAAAUCUGUGAUCUAGUGACCUUUUAGUUCCGGAUUUCCUGACGCAUUAAAGUUAGAAGGCUUAGCUGGAAUAUCCACGUAUUUCGCCUGUCCAAACUGACCAGAGGAGAAAUGAAUCAUUAGAAUGAGUUCUCAAAAGGUACAGAACAAUUAAAAAUUUUGCGACUUGGGCGGAAUAUCCCUUUUACGAUUUACGGAGUAAAAUGAUGAGAGAUUUUGCUCAAGUUUAUAAAUAGUAAGGAAGCCAUCGAGCCAGAUAUCUUUCAUACAGAAAAAAAUGUCAAAUUGUAACAAAAAAAUUUAAUGGGAAUUUUACAAAUUAUCAUUUUAAUCAUUCUUGUUUUUACUGCUUGGUGUGCCUACCUGAAUUGGACAGGCGAUAUAAACCCAAGAAAGAUAACUCUGCUUAAAUCAGAAACCCUGCGGAUAAAGGGAGGCUAUCAAAUAUUUUCAUUCUAUGCACGGAAGAAUCAGCGCUCAAACAAACGAUAGAAAAAAAAUAUAAUUUGACAUUUCAUUCAGAUUAAAAUACUUAUCGUAUAACUAAGAGUUUCGUUCUCAUUCCCAUCGUCCAAAUCUAUUUAACCUGAUAGAUGUCUGUCCCGGAGUUAUAAACCUAAUGAUAUACUACAACACAUUUACGACUUAGCUUAGUAACUAUGGUUACAACGUAUUUCUAAACACGUAAAUAAAUCUAUUUAAGGCCUCUAUAUUAACGGUAGGAUUAAGGUUUUUUAUGUUGGGUUGUCUUGCAAUAUUGUUAAGGAAGGAUAGAUAGAACAGUGGUUUUAUAAAAACAAAUACUACGAACGGCACGUCGUUGAUAUCGACCGACACCAAUCUAAACUGAAGGUUAAGGUGUCAUUUUUUCAUUUCUUAAUCACAUAUGGUAUACAAAAGUAUCGUACAAAUGUCAAAACUUGAAUGAGUGUAUGUCUGUGAUGAACUGUUUAUGCAAUGGUAUUAUGUAAAUAGUUUGUAUUUUUGCACCCAGUUUUUUAAUAUCCGUUUACGGACCUUCCAUUUACAUUGUGUUUUUGAUAUUUGUAUAAACUUAAGUGUAACAAUUCGAUCCAGAUUGUGAUGUGGAAGCUCUCCCUACAACUCAUAAAAAACAACAAUGAUGUUGAUUCAUCGGAGGCGUUAUUCAAUGCUAAAAGCCAAGACACCGAUAUUCUAUGUAACAAAGGGAGAUAAAUUACUUAGCAGUACAUUCUGUGAUUCUUUCAUUGAUCGUACGCAGAACUUUUAAUCAAAUUUCAGUACAAAUGUGCAUUUAAUAAAUCGAUAAUUAAUUUUCACUGAAUACUUUAUCUAACGGGAAAAAUCAGGCGGAAAAAUAAUCAUUAGAAAAGUAAUGGAACAAGUCUUAUGACUGUAUCGCAACUGAUAUUUUCUACAUUGUGUAAGUUUAUUACGUUCAUUUCACCAUCUAUAUAUAAGUCACGUGAUUAGAUGGCUAUAACAUGCAGAAAUGUACAUAUACGGCAGGAAUACGUAGAAAUUUUGCAUAAUUGUUUCUUUUCUUAUUUGCAGUAAGGAAUUGAAGUUGAUUUUUUAUUUUACUUUUGUUGUUGUGGUUUUUUUUGUCCAAUAUACAUACACACCUUUUUGAUGUUUUAUCAUUAACUUCAAACUUGCCAGAUUAUAUAAUGUAUAUUUCAAUGACGUCAUGUUAUGGUGCAGGUAAUGUGUCACAAUAUACCUGUAAUUAUAUAUGCAUAUGUAAAUGGAAUAAUAUUUCAUAUUCAUAUGUAAAGAAUGUUACCAGCAAUUUUUUUCAUAUGCAAUGUUAUUAUUGCAUAGACAAGAUAAUGAUAAAGAGUAUGUUGAAAAUAUACAAAUAACCCUUUGGCAUUUCUCAUGUUUUCCAUGCACGAGCUUACUAGAGAAUAAAGAAACCAAUAAAAUUGAUUCGUCGACAUCCGUAACUCCUUCGGUAUACAAAAUUAUAUUAUUAUUUUUUUUUAUGCAAGAAUAUUUGUGACAUACCUUCUUCCACACCAUAUCAUUUCACUGUACAUAUUAUGGAGACGUAGAUUUGUUUGUUUCAAACGGGAAUUCGCACGUGAAGACUGUUUUAUCGUUGUGUAACUUCAAAUAAGGACGGCAUUCAUUGGCUGACGGUGAUUGGUUACUAUGACGAUAUUUUUUUAUCUGUUGUAUUUCGCUCCUUCUGUGAUUUGUUAAUAUUCCUUGGAUAUGAAAGACAAAACUGAGAUAUAAUCAAUUCCGGAACUACAAACCGAUCUUUUAUGGAUUUGCCUUUUGUAAUAUAGAUUAGAUAUAUUAACUCAUUUCCUAAUUAAAGCUGAUGUUAAAACGUAUUUGUUGAAUUUUAGAAAUGAAAAACAUAUAAUAUGUAUCUUCCAUACUUGUACAUAAACUUUUACUUGUAGAGAUCCGCAUAAUAUCUCUCAAAAUAACGAUGCUAUAAAUAUAUCCCCAGUGAUGUGUGACGAUUACGAACUGUCAAUGUUACUUUGGUAAUUCACGUUUCACUUUUGUCACACUUGAAGAUACUUGGAUUCUUCUACGCACUUAUCGUUAAAAGGAGUUUGUUCUCGGCUAACCGGGUACAUAUCACUAGGACAGUCAAUAUUAAAUAUGACAUCGUUGACAUAGUCUAAUUAUUUGCUUUAAUAAAUCAAAGUGCUUAUAAUUAAAAAGGGAUAUUGUUAAAAAUGCACCAUUUAUCGGAUACGUGUUUCAAAGAUCAUUUUUUCCAAAUUUGGCGUCUGGUCCGUCAAUUUGUAGUGCAAAGUUUUUAACCAAAUUUUAACCUCUUGAAUCACAAGAACUUGACAGAAAACUAUAAAAAUACACUCAAUUCCAUUUAAUACAGUUUAUUCGCUCAUUACUAAACCUUUUCAAUACACAUAGUCGUACCAGCUUUAACAAAAUUAUGAUGUCACAGUAUUAAUAUCAUUAUGAGGUUGUAAUCAAAGUCGAGUCGGCCAAUGAGAGCAUCUUCAGUAGUUUGAUGAUAACAAAGACAAAUAGACUGACAAUAAUGUUUUUGCACACUACAGAUGUAAACCACGGAUUUAGAUAAAGAUAUAAACAUCUAAUUCCGUAUGUAAACAAGUGAUUUUAAGUAUUUAUGUAACUAAUUAUCUUAUUGCCUGAAAAGUUUCCAUUAAGAUUAUAUGAAUAUACAGUAGUACCAUUUCCAUUAAAAGUCGAUUUCAUUAUGAUUGAAUCUAAGGUGUGUGUUGUACAUGAAAUAUUGUCAGAAAGCCUGUUGGUUUUAGUUGAAAUACAUUUAAACAUUUCCUUUUCUUCUUGCUUAAACUUUUUGACAUUAAAGACAUUUCUAAAACAA